AUAUAGAUUCUCCAUACUUUAAAUCUACGAUUUUUGUGUAUGCAUUAUAUAUGUCAUGUGUAAUCAGAAUGGGUCAAAAAUUCCUAAGGUUGUAGUUUUACAAUCUGAAAGAAAAAAAGAUAACCUAAAAAGUCUCGAAAAGAAAGUACAUUGAUUUGUAAAAUCACUUAGGGACUUUAGGACCACUUGGUACUAUAUUCUUAAGAUAAUUCAAUAUCAUUUUUAAAGGUUGCUUGGACUGAAUUUUGAAAACAAAUCAUAACCAAUAGAAGAUUGCCGUAUUCUAUUAAUAUCCUUACUCCCAGGUCGUCUAUAAUGUUUAAAAUUCUCGGGAGUAAGAAUUUUUUAAAAUAAUAAUUUUAUUUUUUAAUAUUUGAUCGAUAUUGGAAAAUGAACAUGCAAUUGCAUGUAUGACAUAUUUUUUCAUAAACUAUCAUCUUUAACCUCUAUACGUAUUCAACUAUAUAUCUUUGUUGAAUACGAACGUAUCAUAGUAUAUACAUUAUUCAGUUUAAUCCACGUGCUGAAUGUUUUCAAAUUAGAUCAGAAGGCCAUGCUUGUAUUAACAUAAAUUGUCUUAUAUGUGAAACUAGUAAAUAUACAAAAAAUCGAAAAAUUUAUAUAAAUAAGACAACAGGGUUCUUUAUGUGCGAUAAAUGCAGGUGUAUUGGGCCAUGGAAUAUAUUAGAAAAAUUAUUAUCAUUAAAAGUAACUAACAAAAAAAUUAAGGAAUUAGAAGAACUUAAAAAGAAUUUAUCAAUGGAUAAAAAUUAUGUAGAUGAAUGGAAAAUUAUAAAGGAAAAUUGUAUAGAGAUUUCUAAAUUAUCCAAAGAUAAAUAUGACAAAAUUUUGGAUAUGCUUUCAUUGAAGAAUGUAUUGCAAGAAGAUAUAUCUACAUUAAACUGUUUAUACAGUGAAGAUAAAAAUGCUCUUUAUUUUCCACUGUACGCUUUUGAUCAUUAUCUUGUUGGCGUUAAGCAAUUUUUCUUGGAUACUGGAACUGAAAAAACGAUUCCAACUUCAGAUGUCAGUGGCCUUAUAAUUUAUGGGCACAAAAAUAUAAAAAGCGACGCUAGUGCUGUUGUUAUACCAACCAUUCCAGAUCUGUUAGCACUAAUAUCUCAACAAUUAGUGAACGUCAUCAUUUGUUUACCAUACAAUUUACAAUACUUACCUCAGCAGGUAUUGCCAAGUCUAGAAAAUUUUAAAAAAUUAACUUUAUGGUUUGGAAAUGAUGAUUCAAGUUGGGAUGCAGCACGACAUUUCUCCAAAAAACUGAAUGAAGAAAGAUGUUACUUUGUAAGAUCGACUGAUCUACAACCUAGCCCAAAAGUUGCUGUUGAUUUAGAAUAUGAUAUUAAAAAUAUUAUAUAUAAUGCUCAACCAAUAUGGCAUCAAAGUAUUACUACUUUUCGUUAUUUAAGACAGGACGUUUUAAGUGAUUUACAAAAUAUUGAUAAGGUUCAAGGUGUAAAAUGGAAACGGUAUCCAGCUCUAAAUCGUAUUUUGAAAGGCCAUAGAAGAGGGGAAUUCACAAUAUUAACUGGUCCAACUGGAUCUGGUAAAACUACAUUCAUGAGUGAAUAUUCAUUAGACUUGGCAAUGCAAGGAGUUAACACAUUAUGGGGUAGUUUUGAAAUUAGAAAUGCACGAUUAGCAAGGACAAUGUUACAACAAAUGGCAGGUGUUUCCCUUUAUGAUAAUAUAAUUGAUUUUGAUAUGUAUGCAGAUGCUUUUGAAAAGUUACCUAUCUAUUUUAUGACGUUUCAUGGGCAACAAAGUAUUAAAAUUGUUAUGGAUGCAGUAGAGCAUGCAACAUAUGUGCAUGACAUAUCUCAUGUGAUUAUUGACAAUAUGCAAUUUAUGAUGGGAAUUUCUGAUGAAUCCAAACACAUAGAUAGAUUUUGGAGACAAGACAAAAUAAUUUCUGCAUUUAGAAUCUUUGCUACAAAAUAUAAUUGUCAUGUUACACUUGUAAUUCAUCCGAGAAAAGAACGCAAUGACGAAGAACUAACAACUUCAUCUAUUUUUGGAAGUGCUAAAGCAAGUCAAGAAGCUGAUAAUGUUCUUAUUAUACAAGACAAGAGACUUACUAGUAUAAAAGGAAAAAAAUAUUUACAAGUAGCCAAAAAUAGAUACAGUGGCGAUUUGGGUAUCAUGAUAUUGGAUUUUGAUAAAACUAGUUUAAGUUAUGGAACUAAUAAAAAAUCAAAAUCUGAAACUAAAAGUACUACAAAGUCUGAUUCAGAUAAAGAAUUAAAAUUAUAAGAUACAAUUAAAACCAGAAUCAGGCAUAAAAAUUAAUUUUCUUAUACAAUAUUUUUAGUGAUUUUGUAUUAAUUAAAAAAAAAAAAA